AUGGAGAAAGAAGUAGGGUUUCACAUCCUCGAUAUUCCGAUUCACAUCCUCUCAGAAAUCAUGUUCAAUCUCUCCGCUAUCUCCAUCGUUCGAUGUUCUUCCGUAUGCACUAAAUUCAGAACAAUCCUCUCUGAUUCUUCUUUUCAACAAUCCUAUUUCUCAAGAGCCCCAAUCUCCUUCGUUCUUCUCUCCGAUCACCACCGACUCACCUGCAUCGAUUCCUCUUCCAACCAAAUCCAAUCAUUUCCAAAUUCAAAUCACGGAUCAUCUUGUAUCGCCAUGCAAUUGCAACCUUCUUCUUCAACAAAGCGUCGAACACGCACAAUUCACACCAGCAAACAACAAUCUGUUAUUAAUAACAGAAAAAGAAAAAGAAACAUAAACAUGAGCAGGUUCGUCACAUUUCAUAUCCAUCGGCGUAUGAAUUUGAUCAAUUCAAGUAACGGUCUUUUGUGUUUACGUGCUUCUAAUUAUCACUCUCACUCUCUUUAUUAUAUAUCUAAUCCUUUGUUGGGUGAGGUUCUCACUAUUCCCCCUGCUCCAAGUCCUGCUGAUCAUAACCUCCGUUUUUCAGCUUUUGGAUUUGAUCCUAAGAAAAAGAUUUUCAAAAUCCUUCAACUUGUUUCCAAAUCAAAUCGAAUGGUGGCUGAAUUGUACCAAUCUGAUUCACAUGAUAACACUUGGACUCUCAUCCCAAACGCUCCCUCUGCCACUGCUAAAUUUAACAGUUCUUCUUUUGAUCCAUGUCUCAAUGGUGCACUUCAUUGGAUCACUGAUCAUGAUCAAAUUUCUGAAUUGAUAUGCUCAUUUGAUCUCAACACCAACAACUUCAAAUCGUUGCCACCGCCGCCACAUUUUAACGCCGAGUAUUUGAGCAAGAUAUCAGGGGUGAGUAUUGGAGUGUUAAAAGGUUGUUUGUGUUUGUGCUAUGUGGUUGACGGUGCUCAAUUUGAGACUUGGGUGAUGGAUAAGUACGGUGUGAAAGAGUCUUGGAGAAAGGCAUUUAGUAUUGACAUAAAUUCUUAUUGUGGAUUGUGUCCACAGGAUAAGCACAGACCAAUUGGGUUUAACAGUUUUGGAGAUAUGUGGCUCAGAGCUGAUUCUGAUUCACAUUCAUAUUCUCAAUGUCUUGUUUCUUUUAGCCCUGAAACUGGUGUAUUUAGACACAUUGAUAUUGGGGGUAUUUCUUCAAGAAAUAUUCAAGCUACUCCUCAGGUUUUGAGCUAUGUUUCCAUGAAGGAGAUGAUUAAUCUUGCUAAUAAUACACAUCUUCAAUUCCAGACAAUAAGACCAGACAAAAACAAUGAUCUUGGAUUCAAUCUCUUAACAAUGGGACAUUUUCGAUAG